AUGACCGAUGUCACCAAACCAUUAAUGACGGCCGUGUUGCUUGGACUAUAUGAGCUGGUCACGGCCAAUUCAUCGAACCCCAGCAGCCACACCACCCAUUCUGGAGGUGUCGCUGCCAUUCUAUGUGCUGAGGGCUCGCCUUUUGAUUUGUCCAUCAGAGGCAAUCUUUUUCAGUUGGCGCAUGCACUCCGGAGCGGCAGGCAUUUUGAAGUGGUGCCGAACUCUCCAGCUCCAGCUCCCACUCCCUCAUUCAAUCCCACCGAUAUCUCUGCUGUCGCUUUCCACCAGGUCCUGCGCAGAGCUGAAGAUUGUUUGUCCAGGUCUGUCGCGCUGGCCGAGGACCUUCGUGACGUUCUUCAUCAGGCAGUCUUGCUGGAUAAACGACUCGCCCUAUGGCCGACCCGGCAGUCUGACGAGUGGAGACCAAGAACCAUCCAAGCCGGAAGUCAGCAUCCUCCUGAAGGGCUCAACUUUUGGCCGCCUAGGGUGGACACGUAUUACGACUUAUACGUGGCGGCGGCCUGGAACGCACAUCGCAAGAAUCGAUUGAUGCUAUUAGACAAGAUCCUCCGACUUUCAGAACGGCUUCAACUAAAGGAUGGGGUCCGCAAGCUGCAGGCUGAAGCGGCAGAUCUUGUCGCGGCCAUCAUGGCGUCCAUUCCUUACCACGUCACACAUGACUUGGACAUGCAGCAGCAUCUUUCAAGUAGCAGUCCAGGAGAGGUGUCUCCGGGCAAGUCGAUCGGAGGUUUGCUGCUGAUGCACCCACUCUACAUAUCGUCAAAUCUAUCCAUCGUUCCACUCCAUCUCCGAUGUCAGAUGAGGGAGUGCCUGGCGUGGAUUGGCCAAAACAUGGGCAUCGGACAGGCCACAGUGUUCUCCAACACCCUGACUGUCUUUCCGGAUGAGUCUGUAAUCCAUGGCUAUGUGCUUCUCUGGGCAAGCAUGGCUUUUGGCCCGGAGGGACAUAUUGGAGCCUGA